GAUCGGGCGGCUUCGGAAUUCUUUCUUUCACUCCUCCACUCAUCCUCGGUGGUCGUCACGUCCUCCGUCGCCUUGCCUUGCAUCUUCUUCGACGUUCGUCGAGUUCUUCACUCCCGACUACCACUCUCCCUGGCCGGCCGCCUUGUCCUCCAACUCUCCGACGGUCGAUCUCCCGUCCGGCGUCCUCAAGUGGAUCAUGUGGAGCAAAAUUGAUCUGUGAUCGUGGGUAUGAACUUGUUCGUGGAUGCUGUUUGGAGUAGUUUUUCGUGGAACAACCUAUAUGGAACAACCUCAUUCGUCAGGUUACUCAGUUUUAGUUAUGGAUGGUUGAACUUACCUUCUUCAAAAUGGAGUCUUCCUCCAAUAACAACUGCAAGAGGAAGACAAGCGACCUCUCCAGCACAGGAGGCCAUCAAUUUGACAUUGGAUCUUUUCGCUCAGUUGUGUCGUGAGAGAAGAUAUCCUUUCCUAAGGCUUGAUGGGUCCACUUCAAUAAGCAAAAGGCAAAAGCUCGUCAACCGAUUUAAUGACAUAUCAAAGGAUGAGUUAAGCAGCAAGGCUGGUGGAUGUGGACUUAAUUUGAUAGGUGGAAAUCGUUUGGUUCUUUUUGAUCCAGAUUGGAAUCCUGCUAAUGACAAACAGGCAGCUGCAAGGGUUUGGAGAGGUGGACAGAAGAAGCGAGUGUACAUAUGUAUAGGUUCCUAACAGCAGGAACUAUUGAGGAAAAGGUCUAUCAACGUCAGAUGUCGAAAGAAGGCCUUCAGAAAGUAAUUCAACAAGAGCAAUUGGAAAACCUUGGACUGCAGGUGUUUCAUGUCAUUGAGUUGUAGAAAACCUAAAUUAAUCUCGUUCCUGAUAUUGGAGGACUUGGUGACGGGGAAGAAGAUUGGGAUUGGUUCGGUUAUUGAUGGACUCUACAGACUACCCGUGCAAGUUGUGUCUGCCUUGAUCUCAGCCACUAGUGGACGGUUGUCUACCAUUAUGCGAUGGCACGAGCGGGCAUCUCCCUUUUCAGUUGAUCAAGAAGUUGUUUCCAAGGCUUUUUACUUCUGUUUCUAUUGAUUCUUUCUCUUGCCAGUUGGCUAAACAUGUCAGGGCUUCGUACCCUAUUUCUCUCAAUAAAACCACUCGUCCGUUUUGCUUUGGUUCA